CUCUGCAACUACCAUUCAAGAAGAUGAAUAGUGGCCCCAAAUUGUCCCAUAAAUGGCAAGCCCAGAGAAGUAUAUACUCAUAUCCCAGAGGAAAAAAACUCCAAUACAUUAAAACUUGUGCUAAAUUACUGAACUCAACUACAAGAUUACGUUUUCUCCAUAUCUAUUGCAGAUUUAUUGGUUUUCAGAGUGUUGGCAAUCCAGAUCCAUAGAAAAAUUUAGGGUUCUCAAUCAUGACUCCAACUCCCCCGGUUGAACUUCUUAAUCGAGGCCCAUGGACACCUGAGGAGGAUAUUCUGUUGAAAAAGUAUAUUGAAGCUAAUGGCGUGGGACGUUGGAGUACUCUUCCCCACAAAGCUGGUUUGAUGCGGUGUGGAAAGAGUUGCAGAUUGCGUUGGAUGAAUCAUCUGCGCCCAAAUGUUAAGCGCGGCCAUAUUUCCCCAGAUGAAGAGGAUCUCAUCAUAAGGCUUCAUAAUCUGCUGGGUAACCGAUGGUCAUUGAUCGCAGGGCGAGUGCCCGGAAGAACAGAUAAUGAGGUAAAGAACUACUGGAAUACUCAUUUGAGCAGAAAGUUGGCCAGCAAAUCGUUUGCACGGAGUAAAACGGUGAGAAAAAGUGUUCAGGGGAAGCCAGGAAAUGGUGGGGAUCAUCAGAAAAGUAAAGCCAAAGCUACCAUCAAUUCUCUUGACGAUCACACGCACCAGUCGAGGUCUAAAAAUCAGGCCACCGUCAACACCGAUGCCACCGGCAAUUACAGUGUGCCAGAGAUACCCUCGUCAGAUAAGGAGAAGACAUAUCCAGAUAUUUUAGAGAAUGGCUAUAAAUUUGGAGGAGCCGAAGCCGAAUUGCAUAGCACUAUAGAAAAUAUAGCACAGCCGGUUAUUGAGAUCAAUAUGGAAGAAGACAUUUUUCUACCCUUAACUAGGUUUGAGCAAAGUAUUAGCACCCCAGAAUCUUAUUUAGAUUCUUUUAUGUCAGCCUGGACAUGGUUUGACAAUAGCUUUUCGGAGAAUUUUGUGCCCGAUAUGAAUCAGAUUCAUUAGUUGUUCAGAUUCAUGGAUUUCUUAGGGUCAAAUGUUUGUCCUAAGCUUUUUAUCUUGUUCUAAUAAAAAAAUAUUUCUCAAGAACAGAUUAUGAUUGCUGCCA